UAGUACUCAAACUCCUUCGUUUAAUUACUUGGCCGCUUUGCAAAGACAAAACCUCUUCUCCUUCUCCACUCUCUUUGUUCUCACAAAAGCCCAUCAACAACAAAAAUGGCGUUUCAAAAGAUCAAGGUCGCCAACCCCAUAGUUGAGAUGGACGGUGAUGAAAUGACUCGAGUAUUUUGGAAAUCAAUUAAGGAUAAGCUUAUUUUCCCUUUUCUGGAGUUGGACAUAAAGUACUUUGACCUUGGCCUUCCACAUCGUGACGCUACUGAUGACAAAGUUACAAUUGAAAGUGCAGAAGCCACUCUCAAGUACAAUGUGGCAAUCAAGUGUGCUACCAUUACUCCAGAUGAGGGUCGGAUGAAGGAGUUUAGCUUGAAGCAGAUGUGGAAGAGUCCAAAUGGGACAAUUAGGAAUAUUUUGAAUGGCACUGUCUUUAGAGAGCCAAUCAUUUGCGAGAAUGUUCCCCGGCUGGUACCAGGCUGGACAAAACCCAUCUGUAUUGGAAGGCACGCUUUUGGUGAUCAAUAUCGAGCAACUGAUACUGUUAUUAAAGGAGCUGGAAAACUUAAAUUGGUGUUUGUACCAGAAGGAAAAGAUGAGAAGACAGAGCUUGAGGUCUACAACUUUACGGGCGAGGGGGGAGUAGCAAUAGCCAUGUAUAACACUGAUGAGUCCAUCCGAUCUUUUGCUGAGGCUUCUAUGAACACUGCUUAUCAGAAAAAGUGGCCACUUUACCUUAGCACCAAAAAUACUAUUCUUAAGAAAUAUGAUGGAAGAUUCAAGGACAUAUUCCAAGAAGUUUACGAGGCAAAAUGGAAAUCACAGUUCGAAGCUGCUGGGAUUUGGUAUGAACACCGUCUCAUUGAUGAUAUGGUAGCUUAUGCUGUCAAAAGUGAAGGGGGUUAUGUCUGGGCAUGCAAAAACUAUGAUGGAGAUGUCCAGAGUGAUUUUCUAGCUCAAGGUUUUGGAUCUCUUGGAUUGAUGACAUCAGUACUGGUAUGCCCUGAUGGAAAGACAAUAGAAGCAGAAGCAGCUCAUGGAACAGUCACACGUCAUUACAGGGUUCAUCAGAAAGGUGGUGAAACCAGCACAAACAGCAUAGCUUCUAUCUUUGCUUGGUCACGAGGACUUUCACACAGGGCGAAGUUGGAUGACAACGCGAGACUCCUAGAUUUCACUGAGAAGCUAGAAGCUGCAUGCAUUGGGGUUGUUGAAGCUGGGAAGAUGACCAAGGAUCUGGCACUUCUUAUCCAUGGAUCCAAGGUUACUAGGGAACAGUAUCUGAAUACUGAAGAGUUCAUUGAUGCCGUUGCUGCAGAGCUGAGAGCAAGACUCUCUGCUUAAGCUCAAUUCUGCGCACACAGGCAAGUCAAUUGAGAAGCAAGCUCUUGGGGUGAUUUGAGCUUUUGCUGAGAAGAAAUUAUAAUAAGACGGGGAAUCGGGGGCUGGGGUUAUGGUUCUCAUUUAAAUGCUGGAACUGAGGGAUCUCAUGUUGAUUACUUGAACUUAAUUUUUAAUUUAAAGUCGUCUUUAUUUGAAUUUUUAA